AUCUACUUGGAUUAUGGAGCAGACAUUGAUGAACAAUUUACUUUUCAAUCUAACUUACUGGCUUGGGGGUGCGUUGACGUCAAGUCAUGUAUUCCGAUUGGCGACGGGCAUCUAUACACAACGAUACGGUUCACAUCUACUGGCAUGAUCGAGUUCUCCAACGACAAAUGUUCGAUAGACAAGUCUCUGGUUCGUUACACAAACCCAUCUCUAUUCACUACAACUGAUGGAGAUGCGUCAGUCGCUGUCCUAGGAGCUGCAGUGGACCUCAGCAUUGGUGAUCCCAAAAUAUUUUAUCAGCUUCAAGAUGAGUAUGACUUCUCAGAUAACAACGGAGGAUCCCUUCUUCAAGCCUUAAAGAGCAGACUAAACAGGGCAGACUCCGAACUGAGUGAAACGAAUCCAAUAGUAGCGUUGAAGAUCACUUGGGAAGGUAUCCAGCCGCCUGGAUCACAACCGGGAGAGGAGACAAACACCUACCAGGCUGUGGUAUUCACCGACGGCAAACAGACAGGUGUAAUGAUGAAUUACCAGGCAGGGGACCUUCAAUGGCUGACUCAAUCAAAACCAUUACCAGCACGAGUGGGAUACAGUAACAUUGACGAUGUAAUGAAUCUGUAUGAAGAUACUGAUCAGGACACUAUUUAUAAUAGUUAUCGACGAGACUUGGUCACUGGAAAUACGGGUCAGACGGGCAGCUACAUUUAUCGCCUAGACCUCAAUGGUGCCGAUUUUGUCAACCCAUGUGUUGAGUGUCUGAUCUGGUAUGAAAAUGACCUCAGCGUGACCUACAACUAUCCUGAUGCAUCUGUGUGUCCUUGUUCAAGGAAACAAGCUGCAAGCGACGUAAACUUCAGAAGAUGUACUUUCCCCAGGGGCAACGAUCCCGAUUUCAGUAGUGCCAGUUAUAAUUCAGUGAAAUGCUUCCAGUCAACCACGGAUGGUGAUGAGGGUUUCCGCUGUAACUACAUCAAUAAUGCUCUAGUCACAGACUACCAGAACCUAUGGGAAUCCAGCAAUUUCCAGGCACUCUUACUUACCAGAUCUCUAAGAAGAAAUGACGCUUUGUAUGAUGAAUGGAAAAGUGAGGACGUUGUACCUAGACAAAUGUGCUGUGAAAGGGCUAUUCUGAGUGAGGGAUAUUGUGAUCUUUAUGAGGAGCGUCGCCCACAGGCAAGCUGUGAGGGAUACAACCCUCCCAAUAGUGCUCAGGGAGCUGGUGACCCACACUUUUUAACCUUUGAUGGGAGGAUGUACAGCUUCAAUGGGUUUGGCGAGUACAUUAUGAUGCAAUACAACAAUAAUGACCCAUUUGUUCUCCAGACUCGUACCGGCGUAGCAUUCAGGAAUGGUGAACCUGUCAACACAGGGACCGUCUUUACAGGUUUUGCUGCGACACAAGGCAUUACAAAUGUAUCAUUUACUUUAAAUGAUGAUAGAACAGAGCUGCUACUCUCGGUCAACCAGACGUCAGUCGAUAUAACAUCUCUUGAAGCAGAUGGCUACGAUUCCGCUGAUCCAACUUUCAACUUAUACAGUGAUGAUGAGGCGGCAGAAAGUGAAACUGCUAUCAUCGUAACCUUCAAACUACCAGACAUACCUAGCUCCGGACUUCGUGUGGUUUUCAGAACCGGGAUAUUACUAGGAAAUAGUUUUGUUCCUCGAGAAUACGCUACUGGAGGGAUUGGAAAUGGUCUAUUCGGCCUCAUGAAUGGUGAUAAGAAUGAUGAUUUCCAAUACCGGGACGGAACCAUCAUCAUGGAUACAGCUGAGAAAAACCUGACAGAGAGAGAAAUCUUUGAUUUUGGACAAAGUUGGAUGAUCUCACCGAGUGAAUCUCUUUUCGAUUAUGGUGAUCGGGAUUGGAGUCAUUAUAACGAUCCUGACUACGUCCCUCCCUUCCUCUCAGAGCUGAUUGCGGCAGACCCGGAUUUGGCAGCAGAAGCUAAAGCGUUUUGCGGGGAUAGUGAAGCAUGCCUCUUUGAUUCCCUAGCAGUUGAUCCAUCAGUUGGUUUAGAUACAUUGUCUUCUAAUAAUGCUUUUGAAAUACAGCUAUCGGAUUUAAAUAACUUCCCACCAAACAUCACAUCUGUCAUUGAGACCAGUUUGACAGAUGCACUGUCAGAGAGCGGUAUACUGCGUGUAACUGUUGACCAAACAGUCACCUUACAAAUAACAGCUUCAGAUCCAAAUGACGGAGAUGUUGUCCAGUAUUCAUUGCAGGGUGUUCAGCCUGGCGCAACCAUAGACCAAAAUACUGGAUUGUUCACGUGGACUCCUCCAAGCUUAGAUGUUUCUAUGAUUGAGAUCGUAGCAACCGAUGAUUUUGGAGCGAGUACAUUACUAGCUUACAAGGUCAGAGUGUGUCAGUGUUCUAAUGAUGGAGUAUGCAACUUUGACAACUUAGCAGCAAAUCAGGAUCUCAACAACAAUGGCUUUACCGUUGUCACAUGUACAUGCGAGGUUGGCUGGUCAGGUGAUCACUGUGGUGUAGACUUCGACUCUUGUCAACGUUCCCCUUGUUACGAAGGUGUUUUCUGCUCUGACUUGCCGCCACCUUCAGUUAUGCCGAUGUGUGGACCAUGCCCACCGUCUCUUACAGGAGAUGGAUUAACUUGCUUUGAUGUUGAUGAGUGUGCAAAUGACACACUUAAUGAAUGUGAUCAGAACUGUGAUAACAGACUUAAUGGAUAUGAUUGCACGUGUAAUGAUGGCUUUACACUUGAUAUGGAUCAAAGAAGGUGUAAUGAUAUCAACGAAUGCAUAUUGGGUACACACGGUUGCCAAAACAACAGUCUUUGUAAUAAUACCAUCGGUUCCUAUCAGUGCUAUUGUGAAGUCGGAUUUUCUCCAAUUACAAAUGAUAACGUCAAUUGUGAAGAUAUUGAUGAAUGCACGGUGGAGAGCCAAUGCGAUGCGGAAGCAACGUGUGGAAACAAUGAAGGCUCUUUCAUAUGCACGUGCAAUGAGGGUUACGUAGGAGAUGGAACCACUUGUACAGAUAUGAAUGAAUGUCUGGACGAAUCUCUAAAUGACUGCGCCUCACAGUCGACUUGUGAUAAUUCACCUGGUAGUUUCUCAUGUGCUUGUGAUGGAGGCUGGGUCGGCAACGGUACCUACUGUGAGGAUGCUAAUGAGUGCUCCACUAACGACGAUGAUUGCAGUGAUGAUGCGACGUGUGAGAAUAAUCCUGGGAGCUACCUCUGCACCUGUAAUGCAGGAUAUGUUGGAAAUGGAAUCGAAUGCUUUGAUAUCGACGAGUGUGCCUCUGAAGAUGAUAACUGUACUAUGUCAGCUCUGUGUGUCAACACAAACGGAUUGUUUGAGUGUCAGUGUGCCGACGGCUACAGAAAAAGUCUACAGGGAGAAUGUGAAGAUGCGAAUGAAUGUGACGAUGACCCUAAUUGUGAUAUGGACGCACAGUGUGUGAAUACUAAUGGAUCAUUUGUCUGCUCAUGUAACGAAGGAUUUCAAGGAAAUGGAUUCGCAUGUGAAGAUAUCGAUGAAUGUACAUUGGGAACUCACGAUUGUCAGCAGAGCUGCAUUAAUGACAGUCCUGGGUUCAACUGCAGUUGUUUUUCAGGCUUUAUUCUUAUGAAUGAUAACAAGACAUGCAUGGUUACUGAAAGUUGUGACCUCGAAUGUGGCUCUGGUGUCUGCAUUAAUUCUACGGACGGGGAAAUCUGUGUAUGCGAUCAGACUGGAUAUGAAUUCAAUUCAACUAUAAACAACUGCACAGACGUCAAUGAAUGCCUUGGGGAGAAUCGUUGCGAAAUGGACUGCGAUAACAUCCCAGGAGGAUACGACUGUUCCUGUGUAACGGGCUUCUUGCUCGAUGUAAACGGAAGAAGUUGUUCAGAUCGGGAUGAAUGUCUUGAUGGUACUCAAGAUUGUGAUACCAAUGCUGCAUGUUCCAAUACAGAAGGGUCCUUCUCCUGUUCAUGCAAUGAUGGCUACACGGGAAAUGGAGCAAUGUGUACAAAUACCGAUGAGUGCCUUUCUACGUCCCCAUGCCACGUCUUCGCGAAUUGCAUGGAUACAAAUGGCUCUUUCAAUUGUAUGUGUAUGCCAGGUUUCUCUGGUAAUGGCUUCAGCUGUGUAGAUAAUAAUGAGUGUGAUCAAUCUCCUUGUGAUGAGAAUGCUGCAUGCAACAACACAGAUGGGUCCUUCUCAUGUACCUGUCUUGAAGGUUAUACUGGGAAUGGUCUAAGUUGCUCAAAUAUCAAUGAGUGUGAAGUAGACCCGCCGUGUGGUGUGUAUGCUGACUGUUCAGACAAUGAAGGUUCGUUCACAUGUUCCUGUCUGCCUGGUUUUCAAGGUGAUCCCUACGCGGCAUGUACCGAUAUCAUUGAGUGUCAGAACCCAUCCUUGUUCACAUGUCAUCAACUAGCGUCUUGUGUGAAUACUCUUGGAAACUAUUCGUGCGAAUGCAACAAUGGUUACGAGGGAGAUGGGAUAUCCUGCUCAGAUCAAGAUGAAUGCAGUGAUGUCCUUCAAUUCUGUGGACCAAACAGUAACUGCUCCAACUCGGUUGGCUCUUAUGAAUGCAUGUGCUCCGAAGGUUACGUGAGGGAGAAUAUGGAUAGCAAUUGUACAGAUUUUAAUGAAUGUGACAACGUUCAAAACACCUGUCCUCCGGAUAUCUCUUCGUGCGUGAACACAGAUGGUGAUUUCAUGUGUACAUGUGCUUCUGGGUACCAGAAUGAUUCACCCAAGACCUGCAAUGACACAAAUGAGUGCGCAGAAAGUACUCGUGUCUGUAGCGACAGUCGAGAAUGCAUCAACACUGUGGGAGACUUCAGGUGUAUCUGCACUGAGGGCUUUGCUGAAAUUGAAGGAAGCUGUGAAGCGUCCUUAACCUUGCAACUGAGGGUAAGAUUUGAAGCCAUUCUCGGUGCCUUAAUUGCUGCCAAUCCAUCUAUUAUCGAAUCUGCUACAAAUCAAGAGCAACUUGAACGUGACAUGCUGAUGUUUCUCCAAGGCAUUUCAGAACUUGGGGACUCUGUUUUCAUGGCUACAAUAUCAGAUGUAAAUGUGACCGGUCCCUAUGCUGUCAUAGACUUCAGGACAGAUGUUGAAACAACACUAAAUAUCAACGACACAGUAUUGGAAUCAUUGUUCAACAUUGCUAUACUAGAUAACCGGCGCUUUGGAGUUUCAGGAGCCGAAAAUAUAGUCAACCAAGAGGAUGUUGAUGAAUGUGCCGAUGAUCCAGUCCCGUGUACUAACGGAAUGUGCACUAACACCAUUGGGUCUUUCUUCUGUACUUGCAAUGACGGAUAUAUUGAAAACGGAGCAAGAACUGGUUGUAAUGAUAUUGAUGAAUGCGAAAAAGAUUCCACCCUCUGUGCUAAUGGAAUAUGCGUUAACACCGAUGGUUCUUAUACUUGCAACUGUGACGUAGGGUUCCAACUAGAUGUCACUGGUGUCAAUUGUAGUGACAUUAAUGAGUGUGAUGCUGGGAAUCUCUGUGCUAAUGGAAUUUGCCAAAAUAACGAGGGAUCAUACAUGUGUUCAUGCAUUCCUGGAUUUGCAGUAGAUUCAACAGGGACUACUUGUGAUGAUAUUAUCGAGUGUGAGGAUCCCUCCCUGUGCGUCGAUGGAACAUGCAACAAUAUCAUGGGGACGUUUAGUUGUGACUGUAACGAUGGAUAUGAGAAGAAUAUCAACGGAAAGGCUUGUAAUGAUAUCGAUGAAUGUGCAAACAUUCCAAACCCAUGUGGGAAUGGAACCUGUAACAAUAUUGACGGGACUUAUGGGUGUACCUGUCACCCUGGAUUUGAGGCCAACGAGAGCGGUACUGCCUGUAAUGACAUCAUUGAGUGUGCUGGUAAUGCUAAUCCCUGUGGUGAUGGAGAAUGCACUAAUACCGAUGGAUCUUACAUGUGCAUCUGUGACAGCGGCUUUAGAUUAAGUGUGGAUGGCAGUACAUGUGACGCCGAGUGUGGUGGAGCUGUUUGUCAGAAUGGCGGAGCAUGCGGGAGUACUAACCAGUGUGAUUGUGCUAAUACUGGUUUUACCGGUACUAUGUGCGAGACUAAUAUCGAUGAAUGUGAAAGCAAUCCUUGUAUGAAUGGAGGAAGUUGCGCUGAUGAAGUUAACUCUUUUACUUGUUCUUGUGCUGAUGGCUAUACUGGGACUUUGUGUGGAACAGACAUCGAUGAAUGUGCAAAAAUUCCAAACCCAUGUGGGAAUGGAACCUGUAACAAUGUUGACGGGACUUAUGAAUGUACCUGUGACAGUGGGUUUGAGGCCAACGAGAGUGGUACUGCCUGUGAUGACGUCGAUGAGUGUGCUGCGGUUGCUAAUCCCUGUGGGGAUGGAGAAUGCCAUAAUACCGAUGGAUCUUACAUGUGCAUCUGUGACAGCGGCUUUAGAUUAAGUGUGGAUGGCAGUACAUGUGACGCCGAGUGUGGUGGAGCUGUUUGUCAGAAUGGCGGAGCAUGCGGGAGUACUAACCAGUGUGAUUGUGCUAAUACCGGUUUUACCGGUACUUUGUGCGAGACCAAUAUCGAUGAAUGUGAAAGCAAUCCUUGUACGAAUGGAGGAAGUUGUGCUGAUGGAGUUAACUCUUUUACUUGUUCUUGUGCUGAUGGCUAUACUGGGACUCUGUGUGGAACAGACAUCAAUGAAUGUGCAAACAUUCAAAACCCAUGUGGGAAUGGAACCUGUAACAAUGUUGACGGGACUUAUGAAUGUACCUGUGACAGUGGGUUUGAGGCCAACAAGAAUGGUACUGCCUGUGAUGACGUCGAUGAGUGUGCUGCGGUUGCUAAUCCCUGUGGGGAUGGAGAAUGCACUAAUACCGAUGGAUCUUACAUGUGCAUCUGUGACAGCGGCUUUAGAUUAAGUGUGGAUGGCAGUACAUGUGACGCCGAGUGUGGUGGAGCUGUUUGUCAGAAUGGCGGAGCAUGCAGGAGUACUAACCAGUGUGAUUGUGCUAAUACCGGUUUUACCGGUACAUUGUGCGAGACUAAUAUCGAUGAAUGUGAAAGCAAUCCUUGUAUGAAUGGAGGAAGUUGUGCUGAUGGAGUUAACUCUUUUACUUGUUCUUGUGCUGAUGGCUAUACUGGGACUCUGUGUGGAACAGAUGUUAAUGAGUGUGAGCUUGAUUCGAGUCUCUGUAGUAAUGGAAGAUGUGUCAACUUGGAUGGAUCAUACACUUGUAUCUGCAAUGCUGGAUUCACAUUAGUCAAUGCAAAUUCUUGCAAUGCUCUCCCAAGCAGUCUGUCCACUAGUCAAGUGACUGUGAAGAUUACAGGACAAAGUCUGAAUGGUCAAACCCUGACGUAUACACCAGAAUUAACCGAUAGGUCAUCGGCCAAAUUCAUGGAAUAUGAAGUUGCAUUCUGUUACAUUUUCAGCCAAUACGUAAGGGAACAGUUAGGUUCUCAACUUGUUAAUGCUAAUUGCAUAGUGCUGUCAUUCAGCCAAGGUAGCGUAGUCGGUGACGUGCAAGUGGAACUUGCUGCUGAGAGCCAAAGUGUAGCAGAUGGGCUUGCUGUGAGUUUAUCUGCCUUAUCUACCAACAUUGAUCAAAACUUAUCAGCUAAUGGUCAAACUCUGGUAGCAUCUAUAUCGGCAGAAGUUCAGUGCGAUCAAACAAACUGCCAGAACGGUGGGACAUGUACUUCUGCUGGACAGCCUUGUAAUUGCCCAGCUGGUUUUACAGGAGACCUUUGCCAGAAUGCUCCUCAAGGAUUGUCGAAUGGAGCCAUCAUUGGUAUUGCUCUCGGAGUUUUUGGUUUUGUUCUUGUCCUCAUAACCUGUGUCUGCUGCGUUUUCGUACAAGGUGUCAGACGAAAUCAAGCAACAAAACUGAUGCUCGCUGAACAACGGUAUGACAAUCCAAGUAGACAAAAUAGAGGCUUCUACGGAAACGAAUCUUUCAAUGGUUCUGAUGAGUACAACUCCCUUGAAGGACGCCGAUAUGCUGUUGGUCAAGCAUUGGAUCGACUGCGCGGAACUGAUGCACUGCGUCAUGGAGAUGGCAAUUUCAGGACUCCCUACGUGGUAGAUGGGAGUGAAAUGUACAACGGUGUGGAGCGAAAUCCAAUGCAUUAUUGAUCACCAAGAAACUUACCUUCGGACAAAGAACGAAUAUGACAACGGAAAAGAAUAUAGUGAAUUAGUUAUAUAUUUCUUAUGGAUAGAUGGGUUCUCUUCUGGAUAGGCUAAAUAUCAAAGUGUAUACAAUCAUAUUAUUAUAUUAAUUAAGGGCUUACUUGCAUUUGACAGAUUGACUGAAUAAAUUUAAAUGCAUAUGAUGUAGAAAGGAGAGCGUUCAAGUAAACAGAAUGGUGUGAUCAUAUGGGAUGAAUCCAUGGCGCUAAAACAAUACAAACAGUAAUUUUGAAUCUUUCUUUUAUGAAUAUAAAUAACAUUGUUUACCUCUUGCACUUUUAUCUGUCACAUUUUUGCCAGGUACCAAAGUAACGCCCUGGAUAGGCUAAAUAUCAAAGUGUAUACAAUCAUACUAUUAUAUUAAUUAAGGGCGUACGGUAUUUGCAUUUAACCGAUUGUUUGAUGUAAUCAUGCUAAGUCUCUAUUACAAACGAUCAUACUAUUAUAUUAAUUAAGGGUUACUCACAUCACUCUUAAAGUACUACUUAUCAGCAAGUCUUUGUUAAAAACAUAAGACUAUGAUAUAGAAAUAUUUGAAGAUAAGUAUAAAAAUGAAUUGAAUACGAUUUUCUGUAUUAUCUGUGAGUGUAUAAGGGCUGCAUUGUUGAUCAGGACGGGUUUGAUAUCAUAUCUGUAUUGAUCAAGUAAUUUAUGUUUAUCUCACGCUUUUAAUGCGGAUCAAUUUUAAGACUUUAAAUAGUACAAAUUUUCUAUAGUUUUAUUUCAAAUGCUUAUGUUAGCGGGGAGUAUACCACCCCCCCCCCCCCUCUUUCUCUCUCUUUCUAUAUAUAUAGUAGAUAACUACUCCUUUUAAUUGAUAUGAUUUUGUAUGAAUAGAUUUAAUUGCAUAUUAUGUAGAAAAGGGCUUUCAAGUACCCAGAAUAAUGUGAUCAUGUGAUUACCUGUCACAUUUUUGCCAGGCACCAAAGUAAUGCACUGGAUAGGCUAAAUAUCAAAGUGUGUACAAUCAUAUUAUUAUAUUAAUUAAGGGCUUAUGGUAUUUGCAUUUAACCAAUUAUUUGAUGUACCCAGAAUAAUGUGAUCAUAUAUGAUAAAUACAUAGCACUAAAACAAUACAAAGAGUAACUUAGAUUAUUUUCUUUAUGAAUAUUAAACAAUGUUUUUUUACCUCUUGCACUUGUACCUGUGACAUUUGUGUCAGGUACCAAAGUAACCCCCCCCCCCCCACCUCCAGGAAUAUUUUUAAUCCCAUUUGCUUGACUUGCAAUUACAGGAUUGUGUAACAAGGACUUGUUUGUUCAAUUAAUUAAUAAAAGGUUAUGCUGAUUUUAUGAAGAUUAAGGGAAGUGUAACCAAAACUUUCACUUAGGUCCUUUCUCUUGUUUAGGAACGUGUCGCUUCAAUAAUGAUGUAGAAAUGAAUUGGGUUGAAAGGGAAAAAAAAUACAUGAAUGUACGCAUGAUGUAUUGAAACAAAGCAGGCUUUCAAUGGAUGUGUCAUGUAGCACAAUACAAGUAAAUUUAUUGACGCACACAUACUUUCUUUUGUCUCAUUGCCAUUUGAAAAUAUUUUUCUAAACAUGUAAUAUAUCUUUUGUUUAAUUUCUAUUUUCAUGUUCCUCGGAAGCAAUUCCUUAUACAGUACUAUGAUUACCCCUUAUAAGUCUUUCAGUUUUCAAGGAUGUAUUUUUUUUUUAAAUUUCGUACGAUAUAUUUUUGUAUUGAUAUAUAUUUUUCAUUAGAGAUCACAAGUAAUUGAAAUAAAUGUUCCAAUAGGGAAGACUGCUGAAUA